GAUUUUCUUUUUUGUGAUCUUGUCUUCGUUUUUUAAGUAGGCCUAUAUAAAUGCAUGUCGACUUGAUAUGCUAUAUUUAACUUUUAUCUUUCAAAUAUAAAAUAAUACUUCAAAGUGGAACAUUGUAGGCUACUAGGCAAAUUUAAAACGUUUACUUGAUUAUUUCCGCUCUGCACCAGUCCCGGGCCGUGGCAAUAACACUUUCCCAGCUUACUGAACCCUCAUGCAUUUACCGGUGCCAGUUAGUUACCAUUUUCCAUUAUUUUGGGUUGGCGAGUGAGAGAUCGUGGCGAGGUUUGAGACGCGCGUCUGCCCGGUUUUUCAGGUUUCCUGCUACUACAACUUUCGAACCCAAACAAUACACGCACGGGCUUGUAUUUAUGUAGACUAAAAUGGCAUGAACACGUUAAACCUUAAGAACUAAAAGUCUGACAUUAACUUGAUUAUUUACCUUUGUUUAGAAUAUAAAAUUUAUAUUUAACAUUAAAAUUAAAAGUCUGAAUCAGAAAAAGCUGUUCACACACAAUUAAAAUGAAGGUCGCAUAAAUUUAUGACAAAGAUUGUUGUUUGUUUAUAGCCCUAAUAGUACUUUAUUUCAGUUCAACACUAUCUAUUUACAUUAACGCAAUGCUCUUUUUUUCAGGAAAUAUUGGUUUUAUGUUUAUUCGUGUAUUUCUUUUUUUUAUGUUAACAUAUAGCUUAUUUUAACAAAUAGCUUAUUUUGAUUGGAUAGUGUGAUUCUGUUAAAUACUUUAAGUGCCAGCAUGUUCUCAGUUAUGCUGGCUAUUGUUGCAGCUGGCCAUAAGGUUCACCCGUAGAGCCCAUUGGCGAAGAGGUGUCACGUGACUACUUCGAGCCAAUGUUCUUCUACGAAGGUGUCAGGACCUUGUCAGAAAGUGAAAUAAACAUUGGGAAACAGCGAGAUGCAAAAAGCGACCUAUUGCGACGGCUCGGCAAUUUACAGUGGCUUCCCCUAUCAAAGCACAAACGGUUUAGGUUAUGAUGCCAAUCAGGAGCAAUAUCUCCAGGCCCUUCAUGUGGAAAGUGAGUACCAUCGACCGGCCUGCUCUGUGCAGUCCCCUGGUGGUUCUGCAGCUCUGCACAAACCCAGAGAGAUCUCACAGGGCUGCCAACGGAGUAACGGCACACAAGCCCCAGUACCAGAUAUCCCCGGCAACAACCAGCCCCCUACUGCUCCUUCUGGGCCAUCUUCCCCCAGUGCCCUGAACCAAAAUCCGAGCAAUGAUACCACCGCCAAGAACCCAGGACACGCUUCUCCACCGCCAACCACAAGGAAACAAAUUUUUCCGUGGAUGAAGGAAUCUCGUCAGAACACAAAGCAGAAAUCUUGUAGUACCAUAUCAGUAGAGAGCUGCGCUGGAGACAAGAGUCCCCCCGGUUCUGCCGCCUCCAAGCGCGCUCGUACUGCAUACACUUCUGCUCAACUCGUAGAGCUGGAGAAAGAAUUCCACUUCAAUCGUUACCUCUGCCGUCCGCGACGAGUGGAAAUGGCAAAUCUUCUCAACUUGACAGAAAGGCAAAUUAAAAUAUGGUUCCAGAAUCGCAGGAUGAAGUACAAAAAGGACCAGAAGGGGCUAGGAAUGAUGCCCUCUCCUGGAGCACAGUCUCCUCACAGUCCCGUUGCUCUGUCAUCCGGUGGCGGAGGAGGGGGUGGGAGUGCAUAUUUAAGUUCAAUGCAUUCUCUGGUUAACAGCAUGCCCUACAACUCACCCUCUCCAGCAACCUAUAACAAACCCCAGCCUAACGCGUACAGCCUUCCUACGUCAUACCCACCUCCUCUGAAUAACUGCCCCCCUCCUCAGAAGAGGUGUCCAGGGACUGGCACAGCCACGCCGGAAUAUGACACGCAUCACCUUCAAGGCAACAACAAUUACGGGACACAAGUGCAGGGUAGCCCGGUUUAUGUCAGUGGUGGUGGAGGCUACUCGGAUUCUUUGGUGGGGAUGGGGGCCUCGGUAUUUGGCCUGACACAUCUACCGCAUCCACCUCAAGGCAAUAUAGACUACAACGGCGCUAUCACCAUGGGAAACAGCCAUCAUCAAGGAACGUGCGACCCAAACCCAUGCACAUUCACAGAACUUACACCGCACUAUUCUCAGGAAAGAAUUCAGGAAGCGCCCAAACUGACGCAUCUAUAGUGCCGAUACCAUGUAUUUCUCUCCCAGUCUGCACACAUUUGAGCUCCGUCUGACUGCAUUUUCCACCACCUACAGCUGCGUAUGUUAGGUUCAUAUAGCCUAGUUUUCCUGACAUAGCCUCAGGUGAAACGACCUUGUUGUUGGUUUCACUCAAUACAUAAAAAGGAAAUUAAAGUUCCUCAAAGCUCAAAUGUCAUGGCAUCAUGGGAAUAUGUAGGCCUAUUUACAUUAAGGAUAUCUGAAACAGGGUUUUUUAAAGUGUAUUUUAAAGUCUUCAAAAUUCCCUUAGUCCAGGACUUAUUUUCUGUUUUGCAUUUUGCACUUAAGGAAGGAUGCAUAUGAAUACGAUUUCUUAUCUAACAGUCUCAUACAGUGUGAGCUCAUGUUUUUUAGGUCUUUCAAAUGUAUUUAUUUGUUUCCAUGGACAGUAGAUUGUGUUAUUUAGCCCAAAUCCUUCAGAUAAUGAGUAAAAGGAAACCGGAUCCCGCGAUUCUCCCAGUCAUGUCAGUGCUGAAACAAGUGCUAACAGGCAAGACUGUUUAUCAAUGUGUUCCAAUAAUAAUCAAUGUAUGCGAAUGUUAAUCAUGUGUUGCUUAGAGUCGAAAGAGACUGCGAUCAGAUACUCACUUUUAUUUGCUCAUUUCUUUUUUUUUUGUCAUACAUUCCAUGCUGCUCCACUUCUGAAGAAAUAAAAUACAUUAAUUGACUUCUGUAUUUGCAAAAAAAAAUACUUCUGUGUUAUAAAAAAAAACAGACAA